AUGUUAUUUUUUUUAAUUUCUUAUAUUUUUUCGUGCCGCUGCGUUGCACUGAAUCAAUUGGCAUAUGGUCAAAAUUUAAUAGUCUUUAUGAUUGAUGGCCUAUCGAAUAAAUUACUUGCAAAAUAUGCUGAUGAACUUACUGGAUUCAACGAAAUGUCUAUUUAUGGCUCUACGACAGAUUAUCUAAAACCUGUUUAUCCAACUCUGUCAUAUCCGAACUGGAUAAGUAUAUUCACCGGUUUAUAUGCAGAGAAUCAUGGAUUUACGGCUGAUUAUAUGUGGGAUGAAACAAAGCAAAUAGCUUUCAUGAAGGGCAGAGGCGAGAAUGAUACGAUAAGCGAGUGGUGGCAACAAGAGAUUGCUCCAGUUUGGUAUACUAUUGGAAAAUCAAAUAUCGAUGUUCACUGCUACUGGAUCCCGUGGUGUGAUUUGCCAUACAUGGAUUUAAUUGUUAAAGUUCCGAAUGAAAGAAAAUUAAAUUUCUCGGAUAUUGAUCAAAGUGAAUCAGUAUCGACCUAUUUUCCAUCAAUCAUCGAAUGGAUCUCUAAAUACCAAAUGUACCGGCAACAGUUCGUUUUAUUACGAUAUGGUGGUAUUGAAAAUGCAUUGAGAACAUUUGGUGGAGGUAGCCGUGAAAUUAUCGAAGCAUUAAGAAUAGUUGAUCUUCAUAUUCUUGACCUUCAGAGAAAUUUAGCACAAAUGAAUCUUUUCGAAUCAACAAACCUUAUGGUUCUGUCAAAUCAUGGCAUGUAUACCGUCAAUAAUGAGGUCCAAUAUUUCAUCGAUGAGUGCUUCGAAGAUUUAUCAAAAGUCGAAUUAGUUGUCAAUAGGCACGCAAUGAUGAUGCUUUUUACAAGUUAUGCUGAUGAAGUGUUUUACGAUUUACAAGUUUGUGAUCAGUUUGCACCACAAGCAGAUUAUGACAAUGAAGAGGAUAGCACUCCAAUGGUGACAAUUUACAGAACAGAUGAGCUUCCAACCGAAUUUUACUGGAAAAACUCGAGAUUCAUGCCAAGUAUUGUACUAAUUGCCAAGCCUGGAGCUACAAUAUUAACUAAACGAAUACCCUCGAUUCCAAUGCAUGAUGAACAUGAUAGAGAUGUUAAAGAAAUCGGAGGCUAUGAUAAUCGCUUUGAUGGAAUGCAUGGAAUAUUUAUGGCUAGAGGACCAGCAUUUAAAAUCAAUCAUCAGGCAGCACCCAUCGAAGUGGUUGAUAUAUAUCAGCUCAUGCUAAAUAUUCUUGCAAUUGAACCACCUCAUAAACAUAAUGGUACUUGGUCCAAUGUUGAAAACUUGCUGAAUAAUGAAUGGGAAACACGACCUGCACAUUUAUCAAAAAAUUCAUCCGAUAUUUUGUCAAUUAGGCCGUUCUCUAUGAUAUUUUUAUUAUUUUUUUCGUAUAUUCUUUAUAUUAAUAUUUGUUUAUGCUAA